GUCCUUAUGCAAGGACACUUUCCACCCUUUCCUCUUUUUCCUCCAUCAGGAAUCCAACGCCGGCGGCGAUCUCUUCUUCUCCGGCGCCGGCCUCUCUCACAACCUCCUUCCAAUUCUGUCCUUCCCAUCCUUUCUUUCCCUUCUUUCCAAAUUUGACAUUCUAGAGCGAAAAUGGUCCGUCGGAUUAAUGAGCUUGUUGUUUGUUUCCCUCAAAUCCAUUGGCCUAACUUUCUGCAAAAAUCAUUUUGUCCGCACUGUACUUUCUUGGCAUUAUCAUCCAUCUCUCCGUCCCCACACCCCUUUCCCCCAAUCUCCUCUGGGCUCUGUCACUCUGCAGCCUGCACAAAAAAUCUCUGCAGUCUCAUAACACCACGAAAGAGGGGAACAAACGUCGAACAAAAAAAAAAAAAUUACCCACCUCUCUCUCUCUCUCUCUCUCUGCACAUGGCGACGUUACUCCGAUGCCGGCCAAUAAUCGCUCCCCCUACAUAUUCCUUCAACCACCAACCAUCGCUUUCCAGCGCUAAUUUCCGUAUCCGAGCGUCCCCACUUCUUCGUCGCUCUCGUCACCGGGGACUUCGCAUGGCGGUGGCGGCCGCUUUAGAAACCCCGAUGGAGCAGCAAGAACAACAGCAGCUCAAAAAGGGGAUCGCCGAGUUCUACGACGAGUCGUCCGGCGUGUGGGAGGACAUUUGGGGGGAGCAUAUGCACCACGGGUUUUACGAACCCGACUCCCGAGUUUCCGGGUCCGAGUCCGACCACUGUGCCGCCCAGAUUCGGAUGAUCGAGGAAUCACUCCGCUUCGCCGCCGUCCCAGAGGAGGCAGAGAAGAGGCCAAAGAAAGUGGUGGAUGUAGGGUGUGGGAUUGGUGGGAGUUCCAGGUACUUGGCCAGGAAAUAUGGAGCCAAGUGUCAUGGGAUUACUCUCAGUCCUGUUCAGGCCCAGAGAGCCAAUGCUCUAGCAGCUGCUCAAGGUUUAGCUGAUCAGGCAUUCUUCCAAGUUGGGGAUGCUUUGAAUCAGCCAUUCCCAGAUGGGGAAUUUGAUCUGGUCUGGUCCAUGGAGAGUGGAGAGCAUAUGCCUGACAAACCCAAGUUUGUGAGUGAGUUGGCUAGAGUUGCAGCACCAGGGGCCACCAUAAUAAUCGUCACUUGGUGCCACAGAGAUCUUGGGCCUAGUGAGGAAUCCUUGACCAAGUGGGAGAAAGAUCACCUUGACAAAAUCUGCAAGGCUUACUAUCUUCCUGAAUGGUGCUCCACUUCUGAUUAUGUCAAACUACUCCAAUCCCUCAAUCUCCAGGAUAUAAGAACAGCAGAUUGGUCUGCGAAUGUUGCCCCAUUUUGGCCAGCAGUUAUCCGGUCCGCCCUCACAUGGAAGGGCUUCACUUCCCUCCUCCGAACUGGUAUGAAAACCAUCAGAGGAGCAUUAGUGAUGCCAUUGAUGAUAGAAGGGUUCAACAAGGAUCUCAUAAAGUUCUCCAUUAUCACAUGCAAAAAAGCCCUGAAUUGAUAAUCCUGCAAAUUAUUCUUUGCUGCUUGGGGAAGGAUUGGUGCAGCAGGUAUACAGCAACAGUGAACUUUUCCCCUAAGAAGAAACAUAAACAGGGAAGACUAUACUUUGUAGUACUGGAAAGGGAAAAUAGUUGUGUAUUGUGUAACAAAACUCAUACCGAUUGAUCCAACUAUACUUCAGUGCUAGCGAUGAAUCCAUGAUCCAAAAUGAACAUUUCUCAACUUUCCUAAGCCACAGUGUUCUUGCAGUUCCGUGGGAUUUAUAUAUCCAGAGAAUGGCUACAAGAAAUCUUCAGCUUCUUCCUCUAAUUCUAAAUCCCUGAGCUGCACUGCAUCAGUUAGUUUCCAGCUAAGAAGUUGGCUUUUUCUCGGUCUCAUAUCUCCAUACAGAUGAUGCAUAAUGAAGAAAGGCGAAAGCAAAUUUAGUUGCAGAACAUCCACCUUCAUGAGCUACUGGUCGGAGCAUCGCUCUCCUUAGUCCUCCAUCUCAAGUUCGUCAAUCAACCAACAAAGUAAACUAAACGUGACUUUCAUGCAACUUCAGUAGAAAAUAAACAACUCCCAUCAUAGCAAACAACAAGUCGUUGUAGUAUAGUGGUAAGUAUUCCCGCCUGUCACGCGGGUGACCCGGGUUCGAUCCCCGGCAACGGCGUAUUUUUCAUUUUGGCCUCAAUCUAAUGCAAUUGCUGCGAUCUCAAAAUUUGCAGGCGACUAUCUGCGGCGAGGCUCCGACGGCCUUCCCGUCCAAAGUUGAUAUCCAGAACCGAAUAGUACUUUCUGGCUUUCGGCCCGCUCUAAUGGUGACGGCCCGUUUGCGGGCCCAGAAGUUCCGCCCUAGGCCCACUGCGAAACGGACACGUGGCGUACCAUCAACCAUCCAGAAUCAGAAUCUACCUAUGAACAAUGAAAUCCCAUGAGCUUGAUCUCAGGAUUGGUUAUUCACACCAUACCAAGAAUGCCAAACAAUUAAGCCGGAAGAAAGCUGGUGAUCAGGA